GGGCGGGAGGAGAGGGAAGGAAACAUUAGCGGUACAUCAGUGAGUGGAAUGUGAGUCCCACCAGGGGCCAGUGAGGGAAUAUAAUAAGGGGAGGAGACGGAACCUCAGCCAAUAACUAACAUUCCCUGACUACUCGCUCCCUUAUGUCCCUCCCCGGGCACCAUAGCGCGUGCUGCCGCAGUCUCCGCCCAAGCCCCGCCCCAUCGCUGAGAGAAGCUUCUGAGCUUAGAGACAAGAUGGCUGCCGCCUCCGCUUGUCCCGAGCCUUCCGAUCCCCCCGCCGGCUCCUCCUCUCCUCCAGCCGCUCAGCCUGAGCUUCCUCCGCCCGUGGAAGAGGGAGACGAGGCGGACGAUGAGAGCAGCAGGAGCUCGGGGUCUGAGCGGCCGGACAGUCCCUCUGGGCAGGAGAGUCAGGGCCCUGGGGUCGGGGGAAGUAGUAGCAGUAGCAGCAGCAGCAGUAGCUCCGGACUGGGGAGUAUGACAGUGUCUGAGGCGGAACCGCUGAGCCGUAUGGACUCCGAGGACAGCAUUAGCAGCACUCUCAUGGACGUGGACAGUACGGUCUCCAGUGGGCGUUCCACUCCCGCCAUGAUGAAUGGAGGCUUAGCCAAUAAGAACCCGUCGUACAGCUGCUGCUGGGACCACUGCCAGACCCCCUUCUCCUGCAGCCCCGACCUUGCCGACCACAUUCGCUCCGUCCACGUGGAUGGGCAACACGGAGGGGUGUACGUGUGUUACUGGAAGGGCUGUAAGGUGUAUAACACCCCAUCGACCAGUCACAGCUGGUUACACAGACACAUGCUCACCCACAGCGGAGACAAACCCUUCAAGUGCGUUGUUGGCGGCUGCAAUGCCAGUUUUGCGUCCCAGGGAGGGUUGGCCCGACACGUCCCCACGCACUUCAGCCAACAGAACUCUUCCAAAAUGGCCAAUCACUCCAAAUCCAAAGAAGAGUCGCCAUCGAAAGCCGGUCUGAACAGGAAGAGGAAGCUGAAGAUCAAAAGGAAGCGCACCCUACCGCUUGGCAACCCUCCCACCACAAAAGCCCGACCCCACGACUUCUUCGAUGCGCAAACGCUGGACGCCAUACGGCACCGAGCCAUCUGCUUCAAUCUCUCGGCCCAGAUAGAGAGUCUGGGCAACGGCCACAGCGUGGUCUUCCAUAGCACGGUGGUCGCUAAGCGCAAAGAGGACACGGGCAAAAUCAAGCUCCUGCUGCACUGGACCCCGGAGGAUAUACUCCCGGACGUGUGGGUGAAUGAGAGCGACCGGCACCAGCUCAAGACAAAAGUCGUCCAUUUAUCCAAACUGCCCAAAGAUACCGCCUUGCUGCUCGACCCCAACAUCUACAGAAAUUCGAGUAAAAGGAACGAGCCGAGUGGGACCCUGAAAGAGCAAGUCUCUUAGAGGCACCCGCUGGGCAGAAGAGGAGAGGGCGCCAGUGUGGUGUAGUUGCACAAGAGCCUGGCAGUGUCGGGGUGCUGUUUAUCUUAGUGUUGUGGAGUUCACUGUACCCCCCGCGUCCCCCCAUUUUGUGUCCGACCGACCUCCUCCGGCGAAUUAGUGGCGCUGUGUAACGGCUUUGCAUGUUUUGUGCAUCGUUUGCCUUCGUUAAUUGUGAAAUCUAAUUAGGGAAUCCCCCCCCCUCCCGUCGCUGCGCGUUUCAUGCGACGCGUCCCAACAACGUUUUGGGCUUUUUUUUUUUUUUUGGAAAUGCACUUUUGCCGGCUCAUUGGCCGGGGGCACCUGUCACUCAUAGGACACGCCCCCUUCUGUGUGGGGAAAUCCCGGUGCAGAACUACAAGGUGCGGGGAGUUGUUUAUCUCCUUCCCUGGAGUCGGCAGACGGGGGCGCAGGUAGCAAAGGGGUUAAUAGACCCUUUCCUGACAUUCGAAUGACCCCCCCUCUAUAGAUAGAGAAUUCUAUUUUGAUCAGACGUUUAUUCGGCACCAAAGUUUGUCCCUUCGCUCCCCCCCCGUCUAUUUUUAUGAAACUGUCGCCCCCCCACGCUGUUCCCGCACUCGCUUGUAAAUACCCCCCGCAGAUUUGUAAUAUAUUUUUAUAAAACGUAACCGUAGAGUUGAUUUUUGUUUUCCUUCUUUGUAUUUCAGCCUGAAGCUUUGUUUGUUGUAAAUAAGUUGCCCCCCAAUCCUCCAUUUCACUCGUUGUGCCACAAGCAAAUGCUUCUCCCCAAAUCCCCCGCUAACAAUAAAACGCAUUUGCAAAACCA